UUGGAUUAGGUGUAAUGGACUGCAGCGCGAGCGUGAACAAACGCCCGUUGACGAGGUGCGCAAAACGUGAAACUCUGCAAUACCACCUUAAAUGAGCGCCUCGCAUCGGCGCAGAGCGCAGCGCAUGAUUCUCCUCGCAGUUAGUCCACCUUAAGCGCACAUAGUGGGUAAACGCAGGCGUACAGCGAGGCUUCCGCUUCAUUCCCAGCCGGGCUCGCAGCGGAUCACUUCGGAGACAAGAGAGAGGCGCUCGGCCAAAGCCAACGGAACCAGUGCUGCAACAUGUCGGAGCCAAAAUACCGAGAAUGGAUCCUGGAGACCAUCGACUCCCUGCGCUCGAGAAAAGCCCGACCGGACCUGGAAAGGAUCUGCCGAAUGGUCCGAAGAAGACACGGGUCAGACCCGGACAAAACCAGGGCUGAACUAGAAAAACUGAUCCAGGAGCAAACUGUGCUGAAAGUUAGCUACAAGGGGUCGAUUUCCUACAGGAACGCUGCUAAAGUGCAAAGAAAAUGCAGAAAGAGGACGGAGCAAACCACCGACAGCGGCGGCGAGUCUGCGCGUGAACAAACCAAACACGCCAGUUUCAAUAACAACGGCGACAGCGCGCUCAGUCUCACGGACCAAGAAGAGUGCGAGGAUAGGGAGCCCGAGGAAAGUGGGGUGAACCUGUGUCCUCCUGACCCCCUGCCUCAAACCUCGCCCUCCAAUCUCGAGAAGGAAGAAAAGAUUUUACCACAGCCUAGCGGAAACAGUUUUGUUAGUUGUGGCGCAACGGUCUGCUCCGCCGGGAGCGUGAAAGCAAGUGCAUCAAAAGACAAGAGAUUAGUCACCGAGGCGGGGGGACGCGAUGCUUCAAGUGCGAGAGACGCUCGCCACGAGGGCAGCGAUGAUGACGGGAAAGAGCAGAAAACUUGCAGGAACAAGCUCCCCGCGUCACCCAAACUCAAGGGCUCUGGGGCGCCGGAGUCUCCGGACGAGAGCAGCGCUGAUUUGGGCGAUAGGCUGGUUGAUGCGGUCCGAAGUCUGUCCGAGAGACAUCGGGGCUCCGCCGCAACACGGGGCCACGCACCACCGGGACUCAAAGAGAUACUCGGCUACCUCAGCACACAGAGCGGGAUGCCCGGGGAGAAGCUGACCCGCAACCGCGUCAAAGUGGUGCUGGAGCGCGAGAUCGAGAGGGGUCGUCUCCGCAGGACCCGCCUCGGCCACAUCACUCUCCACGCGAGGGGGAUGGGGGCGGCCAAGCCGUCCGCGCGACUCCUGAAGAGCGCACUGCAGGACAGACAUCUCGCGAAAAAGGAGGAGGUGAAGGAGGAAGAAAGGAUGGAGGUGGAGGGCGAGGAUAAUGGCACAGAGGAAAACAUAGCGGGCUCAGCGGAGGAUGUUCCUGUGAGCGUCAGUGAUGGAGGUCCUACAGGUGUCACAGCUUGCACCGAUGACCCAACGUCACCUGACAUGGAGGUCACCACUUCACCAGUGACUUCUGAGGGGAAAUCUCUGUCGUCUUCAUCGCUGGAGUCGUCAAACCAAUGCUCCUUACAGCAGGAAGUGGACGUGGGUGGAAGUGAAGAGCAAACAAUGUCCGUUGAGCCUGAGGAUGCUGGUACUGAGAAAAACACAGAAACGCCUGAUCAGCCACAUCCCAGCAUGGAGGAUCAGGUGAAUGUGAUGUCAGAGACUGUAAAGGCUCCAUCAUCAAUGCCUAUAAGAAACUAUCAAGGCUUUAAGCUGGAAGUGGGAGUUUCGUCAUGUCUACUGACUCCCUCUGCCUCACCGGGAGCCGCUGAAGAACGAGGGAUGAAUGAAGGAAUAGGUGGCUUUGUGAAGUCGGAGACAAGCGGCAUGAGCCCGGUGGACUGGACCGUAGCAGACGUGGCCAGCUACUUCACCGCGGCGGGGUUUCCGGAGCAGGCGCUCGCCUUCAGGACACAGGAGAUCGACGGGAAGUCCCUCCUUCUAAUGCAGAGGAAUGAUGUGCUGACAGGCCUGUCAAUCAGACUUGGUCCCGCCCUAAAGAUCUAUGAAAGACACGUGAAGGUUCUGCAGAGGACCCAUUUCCAAGAUGACGAAGCUUUCUGCUAAUACAGACACACACGCACUUGUGUUUGUAUAUAUAUUAAGCGAUCGCACAUGAUAAAGUAACUCGCAUGCACAUUACCAUACAAUAUUUGCUAGUCCCAGAACCAACAUGUUCUUCCUGAACAGAAACAGUUCUUGCUCCCGUCACACGCAUAGUCGCACAUACAAAUGUAUAUAUUUUUUUCAAACUGCUGAACGGAAAAAAAAAAAGCAUGGCAAGAUUUUGGGACAAAGAAGACUGAAAAGAGAUUCUUUUUUUUUUAAGAAAUGUCACUGGUUUUUUUUUGUAAAGACUUGUGGAUCUGUGCAGUUAAUGGAUACCACUGUUUGGAUUGUGACAUUCAUUUCAUCAAGUGGAUUUUUUUCUGCAGAACUUCUUUCGGUCCAGUAGAGGGCAGAACAUCUUUUUUUUAAAGACCUCAUUGGUUUCAAUAUUGCCCAAGGCUGGAUGGUUUCCACAGUGCACAUGAACUUUUUUUUGUUAAAAAUGUCCUCCAAUGUUUAAAAAACUGUCUGGUUACAGUUUGAGAGAGGUAAAUUCUGAUUGGAUAUUUGUUCUUGUAACUCGUCUUUUGCAAUGACACUGAAAAUGUCUUCCUUCAGUGAUGGACUGCAUUCUUUUUUCCUGACAUUCUAACGUUCCUCCCAGUGUUUUCGCGUCUUGCGUGGUUAUUUCCGCAACGUAAGACUUUAUGCAGACCUCCUGCACACAAUCAAGUGGGCUCAUCUCACAGAGGAUUUCCCUUUAAAGCCUGCAAGCGACUUUGACUCCUUUAAUCUCGGAUUUGCCAGCCAUAUCAUUGUGGCCCCACACAUGGAAUAUCACCAUUGAUGACGGAGCUUAACUUUUGUAAAUAUCAUUCCAUUUUUGAGGUGAAGUCCAAGUUGCGAAGCAAUGAAGAUAUUCCUUCACCAGCAGUUGUAGAAUGUGUCUGAAUUCCUCAGAGAGCCCUGAAGCCAUGCAGCUGUUGAACGUCACGGUUUGUUAAAUAUAUAUAUUUCAGCUCGUCGGAUAUCGCUGUUGUUGAAUAUUAUGAAUAAAUGUGUAAAACAAUCAAAUAACAAUGGAAGGGUCCAUUUAAAGGAGACCUAUAAUGUCCCUUUCACAAGAUGUAAUAUAAGUCUCUGGUGUCCCAAGAAUGUGUCUGUGAAGUUUCAGCUCAAAAUACCCCACAGAUCAUUUAUUAUAGCUUGUCAAAUUUGCCCCUAUUUGGGUGUGAGCAGA